CGUUGAGUUUCGCGCAUCAAUGGAAGGCAGCGGGCGUCGAUUGCUCGCUCAAGCCCCGGGCUCGCGUUCUCCUGCACCUCGCAGCCGCUACAUCGCCGCGAUUCUCAUCUGAACACUCCGUCAAAGCACCGAGAAGACGGCUCUCUCCGCCUGGACCCCGCAGGGAAACUCGCUCCGAGAAACCGGCUUCGUCUCCCACCCCGAGACCGGUCCCCGGGUCGUGGGCCGUGUCCACCAGGCGGCCUCCCGGCCGAGGUGCUCCGAUUCCGGUAGAGGCGACUAGGACAGAGCGGGGGCUCGUCCGCGGCCUACUGUUGAAGCCGCUUCGGUGACUUGGUGACCUUUGAAAACAUGUUGCAAGGAAUCUCAAGGAGACAGCUAAAGUUCAUCCGUAAAGUGUUCGCUGUUUGUCAUCAAACACAGCUAAAACGAACUUCUUACGACUUUGUUGGGGUUUGCCUUGGUGGGCAGCGGCCUGCCCUGCAACCGCUGGUGCACUGCCUUGGGUGUGCCCGUUCCGGAGCCGUCACUCGGUUCUACAGCAGCGGUAACAUCAGUCAAGGCGGCACCGACCAGGAAGGUGGAGGCGCCAAGGACACCGCUAAAAAUGGUGCGACGACGGAAACUGGAGCGACCAUCAGGAAAGAAGCCGCCGCGUCACCACCAGACUCGGCAACUCAAGCUGCUACGACCAGGCCGCUGAAUGCAAGCACAGUUCUGGCCUCAUUUCCGCCCGAACAGAUACAGAUUCGAGUGAAACCUGUGCUCAAAAAGCGGGAGUAUGGAACCCGCUACACCCAAAACAACUUCAUCACGGCCGUGCGGGCCAUGAACGAAUUCUGUCUGAAUAGCAGUGACCUGGAAAAACUGCGGAAGAUUCGCAGGAGAAGUCCUCAUGAUGACUCGGAAGCCUUCACCGUGUUCCUGCGUUUGGACAUAGAAGCAAAGGCGCUGGAUGUGUGGGGCAGCUUGGACGCUCUGGCACGGGAGAGGCGGCGUCGAAUGGUGAUCGAGGAAGAAUACAAAGAAAAUGUUUUCAGGACCCACAAGCUACUGAAGGAAUAUAAGGAAUUUUUUGGCGAAACAAAGCCCAAAGCAAGCACGACGGGCGCCUUCAUGAAAGGGCCUGGGAAGGUGGUCAUGGUAGCCAUCUGCAUAAAUGGGCUGAACUUCGUAUUCAAGCUGCUGGCCUGGCUGCACACGGGCUCAAGCAGCAUGUUUUCUGAAGCCAUCCACUCGCUUUCCGACACGGCCAACCAGGCCAUUCUCGCGCUGGGAAUCUAUCACUCGGUCAAAAAUCCUGAUCCGAAUCAUCCGUACGGCUUUAGCAACAUGCGCUACAUCGCGUCGCUCAUCAGUGGCGUGGGCAUCUUCAUGAUGGGCGCCGGGCUGUCCUGGUACCACGGGGUCAUGGGGCUGCUUCACCCACACGCCAUCCAAUCGCUGCUGUGGGCUUUCUGCAUUCUCGGAGGCUCGCUCAUUUCUGAAGGAGCCACCCUUCUCGUCGCCAUCAAUGAAAUCAAGAAAGGUGCCCGAGCAAAAGGAAUGACCUUCUUCGAUUACGUUCUCCGAAGUCGGGACCCCAGCACCAACGUGGUGCUGCUAGAGGACUCGGCUGCCGUGCUCGGGGUGGUGAUCGCCGCCGGAUGCAUGGGCAUCACGUCGCUGACCGGGAACCCGCUGUACGACAGCGUGGGCUCGCUGGGUGUGGGCACGCUGCUGGGCAUCGUGUCCGCCUUCCUCAUCUACACUAACACCGAGGUGCUGCUGGGCCGGUCCAUCCAGACCGAUCAGCUCAGGCGCAUCACAGAGUUCCUGGAGAACGACCCCAUGGUCAGGGCCAUCCACGACGUGAAGGCCACCGACAUGGGCAUGAACAAAGUGCGCUUCAAGGCGGAGGUGGAUUUUGACGGGCGGGUGCUGACACGCUCUUACCUGGAGAAGCAGGACAUCGAGCAGAUGCUGAACGAGAUCCAGAUGGUGCGGACGGCUGAGGACCUGGAGGGGUUCAUGCUGAAGCACGGGGAGAACAUCGUAGACACACUGGGCGCUGAGGUGGACCGGCUGGAAAAGGAGCUCAAGAAACAAAAUCCGGAGGUGCGUCACGUGGACCUGGAAAUUUUGUGAGGUCACCCACAGACCCGACCCGCCGUCCCACCCCUUGCGGCCGGGCCCGCCAGUCAACCUCCAACUUGGCGUGGACUUGGAGUGGGGGGCGGCGGCGGCAGAGACGAGGAAAGCCAUCGACGGGCCACCGUGGCGUCAACACAGACCAAGCCGCCCCCGUCUCGGAGGCGUUUCAAAACCACGACCGCUGCAUCACAAUCGCUCGACCGGCUCCGAGCACGCGUCUACGGGCUCAAGUGACGUUCGUAGCUUCUUUGUGUUUUUUUUUGUCGUGUCCUUGUGCAUUCUCCUCCUGCUCCUCUCGCUUUCCACUUAAAGCGACUGUGGUCAAGUGCACUUUAUGUCUUUAGACGCAGUAGUAACUUUGUUCCACCGAUCGCUGUGCCGGCUACUAAUAUCUACGUAAUGUUAUAUCGCAAAUAAGAUAAAAACUCGAUGUUUA